AGUUCACCCCUGUGCUGCUGUGAAAGUGCACGAGCUUCGCGUGUGCAAAUGGAUGGGCUCCAUUGCCUGAGCAUUUACACUGACCUGAGGCUGAAAACACCAGCACGUUAGCACUGCUCUAAGAGGGAAGAUGCGCUCCUCUGCUUUACAGCCUGAAGCCAUGAAGUGACCCUGCAGCAACCAGCCGGUGUGGGUGGAACGAACCUCCGAAGGUGCUUCUCUCAAGGGGUGCGGGGAAGGGCAGGCAUGCUGUGGUUGCUAAUCCACCCAGCGGCCUGCAGAAGAAUGCAAACUCGCUCCUGUGUCACCAAGGAGACAGCCGGGCGUCUCUGUACACAGUGUCCGUCCUGAACACCAGACGACCUAAACCAGCUCUUGACCUCCUGGAAGAGGCUGCUGCAUGAGCUGAGACCCUGCUGCCACCCCACCCCGCGGCAGGCUGGGCGGUCUGGGGAGAAGGAGCAGGUUCGCUGGCCAAGCAGCAGACAGCUAUUCCUCCCUGCCGUGCCCGAAGCCAGGCAGAGAUGUGGAGGAGCCUCUCCGAGCGCUUUGCUGUGCUGGAUGUGACGUACUUCGUGAGGCACAAAGGCGAGGUCAAUGCCUGUGCUUUCUCUGCCGACUGCCAGCACCUCCUGACUGCCUCGGACGACAGCAGGCUCUUCCUCUGGAAUGCUAAAACCGGAGAGCUGCUCUGCAAAGUCACCGGCCACGCAGGGCCAGUGAAAGACUGCAGGUUCUCUCCAGACUGCGCCCUCUUUGCCAGUGCCUCUCACGACUGCACGGUUCGAGUGUGGGACACGGCAACCGCUGAGUGCGUCCACGUGCUGGAAGGUCACUGCAAGAGCGUGGAGACCGUGCGCUUCAGCCCCGAUGCCCGGCAGCUCCUGUCAGGAGGCUGGGACCACAUGGCCAUCCUGUGGGACACGCAGUUAGGUCAGAUGUUAAGGCUCUUCUCUGGGCACCGUGAUGUCAUCGAAAGCUGCGACUUUUCCCUGAACACGCAGUACCUGGCAACUGGCUCCUGGGACUGUACAGUUAAAGUCUGGAGUUUGUGUACAGAUGGAGAUAACACUCUGGAAGGACAUCGGGGCAACGUUAGCUGUGUUUGCUUCUCCACAUCAGGAGCACUGGCAUCAGGCUCGUGGGACAAGACCGUGCGGGUCUGGAAUCCAUGCAGCGGGGUGCUCAUUUUCCUCCUGGAGGGGCAUUCAUCCUGGGUGAAGAGCGUGUCCUUCUCCAGGGACGGACUGCUGCUGGCCACUGCAGGCUAUUCAGAAAUGGUGAAAGUGUGGGACUGCAGAACAGGGAAGUGCAUAGAAACUUUAGAGGUGAUGUUGGAUCAAGCCUCUAGCUGCAUCUUCAGCCCAGAUGGUGCUCUUCUAGUCUCAGGAGCUGCCGGCCAAGAUGAACAACUGCAGGAGGGGAAAAGGGAAACCUGGAAAACAGUGUGAGGGCUAAACCAUCCUGGUUCAAUAGGGAAAGGAAAUGGUCAAGUGCCGAGUGAGAACUAGAAAGGGAUGUUAUCAGACGUGUCCAGUUCCUGAGAGCAAAUGAUCAGCCUGCCCAUGGCAGGUUGGUACAAGUCCACCUAACAGUGAUGCGCUGCUACCCAAGUGACCACAGCUCUGAACUCCAGGAAAAUCCCCUGGUGGCAUUAUGACAUCCCAUAGGUCCUUCUUGAGUAUCUGGGUCCAAUGUCUUCUACAUGGGGAUACACAGGAGUAGAAGGGCACUGAGUAAUAAAAGCACUAAGGCUUACUAAAAGUUGAACACAUGCCCAAAACAUGGACCACCUGGGACUGACUGCACUGCAUAUCAAAACAAUGCAAUGUGAAAGCAACCUGGCAACUGCCUCUUAGCUCCAAUUUAACAUUUCAAGAGGACCACUAGCUUCUCAGUAGAUGAACUAAUGCACCCAAAGUGGUAAUUCAGUACAAAACACUACCAGUUAUUCACCUGGGGAACUACAUUUAGGGGUGAAAAGCUGAAGAGUGGCCUUUCACUGUCAGAUUGCACCAUAAAACUGUAAUUGUCUUCCUGUAAUUCCUGUAAUUGUCUUCACAGUAACCGGAUACAAGCCCAAUCAUUCUUCUCACACAAGGACCUGAAAGCAGCAUGCAAAAUCCCUCCAGCCAGCACGCAGAGUGAGGGACUGGUAGAGGGGGUGGGCAGUGUAUAUAAUCAGGACAGAAAGGAGCCUGCAGAUGGCAGAGAAUACCUGAUCUCAAAGAGUCUGGUUUUCACAUCAUACCUACACUUUUCAUCUCCCGCCCACCACCACGCCCACCCAGGUGUGCGCGUAAUAAUCCACAAGUUUUGAAAAUAAAAAACGUGAUGGAGAAAGGCUGUGGUGAAUCCCAUGAAAGGUGACGCUCAGACAACUUAUGUUACAAGGCCUCAGUACAGAACGCUCAAGUUUCAGAUUAUCACAUCUUCACAGGACUGAAGUUCAAGGUAAUGAUAAAUUUUGUCAAGCCGAAAAAGCAAACUGAACCUUGUAUAAAAAAGAAAAA